AUGCUGCUGCUGUUUGAGACGGCCGCCGGCUUCGCGCUGUUCAAGGUCCUCAAGGAUGACGUCCUGGAGCCGGUGCAGGAUCUUUCCUCGAAAUUCGAGACGCUGGACAAGGCGGAGAAGGUAGUCAAGCUCAAGGCGUUCAGCAAGUUCGACAACACGACAGAGGCACUCGCUGCCGCCACCUCGCUCACGGACUCGAAGCUGCCGAAAGCUCUGAAGAAGUUCUUGGAGAAGCACUGCAAGGACGAGCAACUCGCGCUGUACGACGCGAAGCUUGGCAGCAUCGUCAAGGAGAAGCUGGGGAUCCCAUGCAUCCACGGCAACGCUGUGCUGGAGCUGAUGCGCGGGGUGCGGUCGCAGAUCUCGGGGCUGGUGUCGGGGCUGGGCUCAACAGACAUCACGCCCAUGUCGCUCGGCCUGUCGCACUCCCUCUCCCGGUACAAGCUGAAGUUCUCGCCCGACAAGGUGGACACGAUGAUCGUCCAGGCGAUCGGGCUGCUGGACGACCUGGACAAGGAGCUGAACACGUACGCGAUGCGCACCCGGGAGUGGUACGGGUGGCACUUCCCUGAGAUGGGCAAGCUCGUGGCGGACAACGUCGAGUACGCCAAGGCCGUCCGCGUGAUGGGCACGCGCGACAACGCCAAGGUCGAGGUGCUGGAGGGCGUCGUCGACGAGGAGGUUGCGAAGGAGGUGUCGGCGGCGGCGAUGGUCUCUAUGGGCACGGAGGUUUCGGAGGAGGACAUGCUGCACGUGCAGGCCCUGUGCGACCAGGUCAUCUCUCUGUCGGAGUACCGGGCCCAGCUGUAUGACUACCUCAAGUCGCGCAUGCAAGCCAUCGCCCCCAACCUUACAGUGCUGGUCGGCGAGCUCGUCGGUGCUCGCCUCAUCGCUCACGCGGGGACGCUGCUGAACCUGGCCAAGCACCCCGCCUCGACGGUGCAAAUCCUGGGCGCCGAGAAGGCCCUGUUCAGGGCUCUCAAGACGAAGAAGGAGACGCCCAAGUACGGACUGAUUUACCACGCGUCGCUCGUCGGACAAUCUGCCCCCAAGAACAAGGGCAAAAUCUCGCGGGUGCUUGCCGCCAAGUGCUCGCUGUCGAUUCGCGUUGACGCCUUGGGAGAGGCGCAGGACGCGACGGUAGGCAUGGAGGGGCGCAACAAGGUGGAAGCACGCAUGCGCCAACUCGAAGGGAAGCUGCUUGCCGGGGAUGCGGUGGACAAGGCAGCUGCGCAGCCGGCCAAAUAUCAGAAGGCCCGGCAAGGCGGACCGGCGGGCAUGGAAGUGGACGCGGCCGGAUACAACCAGGGCGCGGAUGUUGCAAAGGCAUCGAAGAAGCGCAAGGCUGACGCGGUCGAGACAGCGGAGGACGGCAAGAAGGCGAAGAAGGAGAAGAAGGAGAAGAAGGAAAAGAAGGAGAAGAAGGAAAAGAAGGAGAAGAAGAGCAAGUCUUAG